AAUCCUUCCCCCGUGCUCUCCUCGACCUUUUCUCCCAAUUUCCCGAGCUCUCCGUGCCCUAAAACCACCCCGCCACCAUCGCCAUCUCUCCGCCGCCGUCGCCAACUCCAGCCGCGUUGCGCCGCCCGACGCCGACCUGCGCCGCCAUCUCCUCCGGCUCCGCAAGUACUUGGGCUACAUCGGCCACUGGUUCCUUUGCGCCGAAUCCCGCCGGAAGCCCCUCGUCACCGUGCACCCGAGGUUCUCGGCCUCAGUCGCGCCUCCAGCCGCACCUCACCUCCGCCCUAGCCGCCUCCGCGCUGCGUCGCCACCACCACCGGCUUCGCCGUAGAGUGGCCAAGCCCGGCCACCACUCCGUUUCCCCUAUCCACCACCGAAACACCAUCUCUUCCACCCAAUCCGGCCGCCGUUUGUCGCCAUCUCCGGCCACCUCAAACCUUGCCGUCGCCGCCGUUCGCUCCGCUGCGUCGGGGAGAACCUCGGCCGACCCACCAUCUUCGCCAAAAGUCGCCGGAGCCCCACUCCCUCCGCUCAAGGUGAGCUCGGUUUCUUCCGCUGAUCUCCGGCCGCCUUUUGAUGUCGUUUCGUGCCGGUUCCCUACUCCCUAACCCCUCCUAUCUCUUCCGCAGGUCUCGCCGUCCCUCGGCCUCCCCUCCUCCUUCGCCGGGCGCCGCCGGAGCCGGCUCACCGCCUCAUCCCUGCCGCCGCCGUCCUCUCCCGAGGAGCGCCGCCGCUCGCGUCCCUCCGUCCGUGCAUCUCGGCCGCUGCCCCUCGUCGACGUCCCUCGGUGCACACACAAACACGGGAUUAUGGCGGCGGAUAAGAGCCCUAUCGACGAGGCUCUCCUACAUGGCAAACACGAAGAGGCUCUCCUACAUGGCAAACACGAGCACGUGGAGCAGCAGCUCCUCCCCACCAGCGGCGGCUCAUUCUGCAUCACCGGCGCUUCCUUCGGGAGGAGUUGCCUCAACCUGAGCAACGUGAUAUCUGGCAUCGGGAUGCUCUCCGUGCCGUACGCGUUGUCGCAGGGCGGGUGGCUCAGCUUGGCGCUCUUCGCCAUGGUCGGCGCCAUCUGCUUCUAUACUGGCAAACUCAUCUAUCGCUGCAUGCGCGCCGACCGUUGUGUACGGAGCUACCCGGACAUCGGCUACCUCGCCUUUGGCCGUUACGGCCGGACAGCUAUCGGCCUCAUCAUGUAUGUCGAGCUCUACCUCGUCGCCAUCAGCUUCCUCAUCCUCGAGGGCGACAACCUCGACAAACUCCUCCCCGGCACGGUGGUGAAGAUCCUGGGGUACCAAGUGCAUGGGAAGCAGCUGUUCAUGCUCGUGGCGGCUGCCGUCAUCCUCCCGACGACGUGGCUCAAGAACCUGAGCAUGCUUGCCUACGUCUCGGCGGUUGGGCUCGUCUCGUCGGUGGCGCUGACGGUGUCGCUGGUCUGGGCCGGCGUGGCCGACAAGGGCUUCCAUAUGGCGGGCAGUAGUAUCUUGAAUCUCAGCGGGUUGCCCACCGCCCUCAGCCUCUACUUCGUCUGCUUCGCUGGCCAUGGCGUCUUUCCGACCGUGUACUCCUCAAUGAGGGCCAGGAAGGAUUUUCCUAAGGUUUUGCUGAUCUCUUCGGUGUUGUGCAGUCUCAACUACGCAGUGACAGCAGUGUUGGGAUAUAAGAUCUACGGUGAGGAUGUGCAGGCGCAGGUGACACUAAACUUACCCACGGGAAAGCUGUACACCAGGAUUGCCAUCCUAACGACCCUGAUCACCCCACUGGCGAAGUACGCGCUCGUGAUCCAGCCCGUCACGACCGCGAUAGAGGAGAAGCUGUCGACAGCGGCGGCGGCGGUAGCGGCUGAUGCCGAAAACAAUAGGCUAACCAGGGUGCUCACCAGCACAACCGUCGUCUUCAGCACGGUGGUGCUGGCAUGCACGGUGCCCUUCUUCGGCUACCUCAUGUCGUUCAUCGGGUCCUCAUUGAACGUCACUGUCGCCGUCCUGUUCCCGUGUCUGAGCUACCUCAAGAUCUACAUGCCUCGAGGAGGAGUUGGCCGCUUCGAGGUGGCGGCGAUCGUUGGGAUACUGGUCAUCGGAGUGUGUGUCGCCGUCAUUGGCACCUACACCUCCCUUCACCAGAUUAUAGGCACAUUUUGAUUGUACAUUUGUGGGUAUGGUGGUAGGUUUAGGUAGUAAUUAAAUAGGUUUCAAAUUCUUUUUUUUAUUUAUUUUCUUAAAAAAACAACAUAUAUGUUAUACUGAGUGUUAAGAAUCAACUGAGCGGCUAUAUAUUGCA